GUUGAAAGUGACCUGGAAAUGAUUCACUAUUUCUAGCCAAGAUUUUGUUUCCUAGGAAACCAGACGGCUGGUUGUCAGUAAGCUCCACAGAGAUGAAAGGAUCUAGUUUUACUGGCUCAAGCUGCCUGAGGGGAGUAACUUGAGAAACUGCCAAAUAAGCAGGUUCCUUAUUAGACGCAGGGAAAUAAAGCAGCUCAGGCACAAAUGAUUGCAAAGUAUGUUAAUAAUUGGCACUCAGAAUAAGCUGUUUUCUGCUUGACAAAAUGCAUUCUUUAACCCUUGUUGUGCGCAGUGCUUUAAAAUGUAGUCGCUGCUUUGAAAUGAAAAUUGAGGCUCUAAAUAUAUGCUGCAGACUGAAUUGCAAUAGCUUUGGACCCUUGUGCUGUAAUACUUGCUAGCAAAGGCCAAGAGAGUGCUGGGAUUGUGACAAGUGAUGGCGAGUCAGCCCAUUCAUUUAAACUACACAAGGGGAUGGGUCUGGUUAAUCAUGUGUUCAGCGAAGACAGUCUGAAGAAGCUGUACAUUUCAAAUCUUGGAAUUGGCCACACAAGAUACUCUACCUCCGGAGUCUCUGUCUUGGAUAACUGUCAACCAUUUGUUGUGGAAACUCUGCAUGGGAAGAUUGCUGUAGCCCACAAUGGGGAGCUGACAAAUGCUGCACGUUUGAGAAGAAAGCUAAUGCGCCACGGAGUGGGACUGUCUACCAGUUCUGACAGCGAAUUGAUCACUCAGCUGCUGGCAUUCACGCCCCCUUUGGAGAAUGACGACUCCCCAGAUUGGGUAGCAAGGAUAAAAAAUCUGAUGAAUGAAACACCCACUUCAUACUCGCUUCUGAUGAUGCAUAAAGACAUCAUUUAUGCUGUUCGUGAUCCCUAUGGGAACCGUCCACUCUGUAUUGGCCGUCUUGUUCCAGUAGGUGAUAUUAGUGGAAAAGGGAAACCUAAUGCUGAAACUGAAGGAUGGGUAGUUUCUUCAGAAUCGUGUAGCUUUUUAUCUAUUGGAGCAGAAUAUUACCGUGAGGUCAUGCCUGGAGAGAUUGUGAAGAUAUCCAGAAAUGAUGUCCAGACAUUGGAUGUUGUGCCAAGACCUGCGGGAGACCCAUCAGCAUUCUGCAUUUUUGAAUACGUGUAUUUUGCGAGGCCUGACAGCAUCUUUGAAGGUCAAAUGGUCUAUUCUGUACGGAGGAGAUGCGGCCAACAGCUUGCGAUUGAAGCCCCAGUGGAAGCUGAUUUGGUUAGCACAGUCCCAGAAUCUGCAACACCAGCAGCUCUUGGAUAUGCUCAAAAGUGUGGACUACCAUACAUUGAAGUACUGUGCAAAAACAGAUAUGUAGGAAGAACUUUUAUUCAGCCAAACAUGAGGCUAAGGCAGCUUGGAGUGGCCAAAAAAUUUGGAGUCCUGUCAGACAACUUCAGAGGGAAGCGUGUUGUCCUUAUUGACGAUUCUAUUGUACGAGGCAACACCAUUUCACCCAUAAUUAAACUACUGAGAGAAUCUGGUGCUAAAGAGGUGCAUGUUCGUGUAGCUUCGCCUCCAAUAAGAUUUCCUUGUUACAUGGGAAUAAACAUUCCAACAAAAGAAGAACUCAUUGCCAAUAAGCCCGAAUUUCAUGACCUAGCCAACUACAUAGGAGCUGACAGUGUUGUUUAUCUUUCGGUAGAAGGAUUGGUGUCAUCUGUACAAGAAAGCAUCAAGGCCAAACAAGAUAAUGAAAACAACCUUAAGUCCAACAAGUUUCGGGCGGGGAAAAUUGGCCAUUGCAUAGCAUGCCUUGUUGGAAAAUACCCUGUAGAGCUAGAAUGGUGAAUUUCCAGAAUACAGUUACCACUGAAUUGAAGUUUGUUUGGAACUGACAAGAUGUAUCACACCCAAAGGUGUGCCAUAAAUUGCUACCAAGGAAGUUAUCAAACCACUCAUUUUAGUUAAAUCUUUAUUCGGGAUAGUGAGGACUGUUCAAGAACUUGAAAUAAAAUGCAAAAAUUAUGCAGUAUGAUAAAUAUUAGUGCUGUAACUUGGGGUUGCAAAGUUUCUUGAUUCCUUAGCUGGCCUAAUCCUGUCAAGAAACUUUAUCUCUUCUCGGGCUUUUAUUCACAACCUUGGUUUAUUACAAAUGACAUUCUGAAUGAAACUGCGAGCCAUUAAGUCAUUUCAAUUUUUUGAACAGCGUUCAACCCGGGCGGGCAGGGGGGAAAUGUGAAAUUUGGUUUUAUAUACCUGACAAAUUUUGAAUUCAUAGAAUUCUGAAUUCCAUGCUUCCCUAGAAAUUUUUAUCUAGCUGUUUGAGUUCUGUUUAAGAAUGAAGUAAGUGCCUGUAUUUUGCUUAUGUAACUAAAUUCAUGUGUAAUAACUUGCUUCCAAAGAGACUGAAUAUUAUUUUUAUACAAUAUGUUGCUGAGACUGGAAGACUCAGGGAAGUACUAAACCAAAAUUCUCUAAUACCUUGAGCCUUAACAUGAAUAUAUAUGUCCUAUAGUGCUUUCAUUGUGUGUCAAAGGGAUUUGACAGGGAAAAUUAGGCUGAUAACUGUGGGGGUGUGCGGGUGGAGUUCUCUGUGUAAGGCACAGGUUUAUUGGGGGGUAAUCAAUCAAGUGAUUUACCACAGGACCACUGGCGCCAGCCUGUCUGUUUACACAUCUUCCUUGUUUGCAUGAGUCAUGUAUAGGUUAAAGGUUAAUGUUUUUUACAAGGAAACCAUCCAUAAUAAAGGAGCUGAGGCUGAGAGGCAGUCAGCACUCUGCUCAAGCACUCUGCUCAUGCUCUCUAUCUGAAACUCUUGACUCUCGUCUCAUGAUUUCCUCGCACCUAAGAGUCGGCUGGUUCUCCGACAAGUGGUGCCCCGUGUGAGGCUAAAAAGUUCUACGCCAUUGUUGAAAGGACGCACGUCGUGGUCCUGCAUCAGCUACUCACCCGCCCGGCAAGGGUUCAGACGUCUACCUCAUCUUCGGAUCCCCGGUGAGUUUGGCUCCCAGCUAUUGCUUAUUUUUCUCUUCCUGCAUUUACAAUGGGCACUUCGCUUUCUGUGCCACAGAAACGUUUUCUUCAAGACUUAAAAUACCUGCUGCCUUCUAACAAUCAGCAUGCCUCAGAAGACGAUCUUAUUGCUUUUAUUCAUACUGCUUAUGAGCACUGUCCAUGGUUUCCGGAGGAUGGAACUUGGGAAUUAGAUUUUUGGGACAAACUAGGUGAACAUUUUCAUGCUCAUCCCAGCAUUGGAGUACGUGUCUUAAUUACGUGGGGAAAAAUAAGAGCAUGCUUGGCACUAGUCGCGCCAAAGAAUAUCUUUCUGGCAGCUGCUUCAAGCCUCCCUUCUGCACCGCCCGCAUGCACGCCUCCCCCACUGAAGCCUUCUGUUUAUCCAGCAUUGCCUGCCCCCAUCCCUCCUGGUCUGGACCCACCUAAUUUAACUCCGCCAGGAAAACAGCAACUUUCUUUGUCUGCCACCCCACCCCCUCCAGCCUAUGUCUCUCAGGUUUUGCCUGCAUUUCAAAGUACCAUGCCCACUGUGAAGCAGGAGGGGGGGAAUACUACAAAGCUCCAGGAAUCUCUUAAAGCAGCAGCUCCUUCGCUGGCUUUUGAGUCUACUGUGAUUGUGCCUGCGGGACCUGGGGGCGGGGCACCACGGCACGAGCAAUUUGAACUCCGAUACAUCAAAGAAUUGUAUCAGUCAGUAAGAGACAAUGGAUUGCAUUCCCCGUAUACUCUUGGUCUCUUUGGCACUAUUUUUCAACAGCAAUUAUUGCCAGAGGAUAUUAAAUUACUGGCUAGAACAGUGCUCAAACCAAAUCAAAUGAUGGUUUUUAUGCAAAGUUGGACCUGGGCUUGUCAACGUCGAAUCCAUGAUAUCCAAACAUAUUUGAAUAAUGCUACACUGGCAGCACAUGCCAAUGCCUUUGCAGCUCUGGCAGCAGGCGCACCUCCCCCUGUCCUGUUAACUCCUGCAGACGUCCUGGAUGGUCUCACAGGAGCUGGGAAUUUUUUAACAACUGCACAGCAAUUGGCUCUGGAUCCUCAGUACUGGGACGCCACAAAUUCAGCUGCCCAGGAGGCUUUGAUGUCUGUUCCUCCUGAGAAGUUAGGAAAAGGGGGGCGAUGGGGGAGCGUGCAGCAAGGACCCACUGAACCUUAUGGCGCUUUCAUAGAUAGACUGUACAAUACCCUUAGACGCCAGGUUCAAGAUACAGCAGCGCAAGAAGUAAUCAUCAGACAAUUAGCCUUUGAUAAUGCCAAUGAAGACUGUAAACAAGCUUUGCGCCCGCUGGUAGCUACACCUAAUGUGGCAAUAGCCGACAUGUUAAAAGCCUGUCAAUCAAUUGGCUCUGAAUCCCACACAGCAAAAUUGCUUGCCGCUAAAGACAUUCCUGAAACAUGGGUGCACCAGCUGACAGAGGAUCUCACCUCUGCAGGGCUUAAAAUCACCCCGGAAAAAAUUCAACGCACCCUGCCUAUCACAUACCUGGAACACAAGGAUACACAACAAGCAGCAGCACCCCUGAUACUGCAGCUGCAUUUUCCAGCUGUACUCUGGCUGGUGGAUCUACAACUGCUGUUAGGACAUUCGAAUUGGGCAAAAUCAUACAUAGACUUGCCAACAUGUGUACUAUCACCUCUGUACACUGCCCUGAAAGGACAUAAGCAACCGGCAGACAUCAUAUUGGAUAUGGAAUCAGCCCUGGCAACGAUUAAUCACCAUUUGCAAAAAUCUAUGGUGGAUCGCCUGGAUUCCACAGGACUAUUGUCAUUGGCUGUUUUUGCCACAAAAUUGCUGCCCACAGCUGUUCUCUACCGGCCUGCAGAAUUUUCUCAGUCUCGCGUUUGUCUUGUUGAAUGGCUACACUUGCCCCAUGCACCACUGCGGAACGUACAUACUUCUCCAGCAGCUGUUAUGGACGUUGUUAUCAAGGGAAGACAAUGUGCUGUGGCAUUGAUCUUUCUUUCCUCUGUCUCCUAUUCCCUCCGUUCCCUGUGCUCCCCCUCCCCUAUCCCCUUUGCUCUCACCCUCUUCACAGAUGGGACAAAGACGAGGGGGGUGGUUGUGUGGAGGGAGGAGGGGGCCUGGAAGACAAGAUUUACAACGGAGCAGAACUCCGCUCAGCAUUCUGAAUUGGCUGUGGUGAUCUUGGCAUUUGAUUUGUUUCAGGAUGUGAAGUUUAACCUGAUUGUUUGUAUUCAGUAUGUCUCCAGAUUUUUAACAUUCUUGUCAGUGGCAUACAUUUCCCUGCUCUGGAUGAUGAUUUUGUUGCAAUUGUCUCUCUCUUUGCAGCAAGAGCAGGUCUUUUCUUUGUUUUUUGACCCUCUGCUGAGCCAUGCCACCUUUCACCAAUCUGCCAAGGUUCUUGCCAAGUCUUUUCAAAUACCAAUUUCUCAGGCACGAGACGUUGUCUCGCAAUGUUCUUCUUGUUCUAAAGCCCCUACCAUGUUUCCUUUUGAUGCUGUCAAUCCCAGAGGGAUUGCCCCUCUUUCAAUUUGGCAAAUGGAUGUCACUCUCACCCCGUUGUUAGCCUCUUUUUUCAAGACUGCACCUCACGGUGGACACGUCUUUGGGCUUCAUCUGGGCGACGCCCUUAAAAGGGGAGACAGCCAGGCACGUAAUACAGCACACUCUGCGCUGUUUUUCAGUCAUGGGAAAGCCUAGCAG